AUGUGGUUCUUGGGAUGGAACAUCGUGUGCGGCUUCGCUCAUAGCAAAAGUCUGCUCAUAGCCUCGAGAUUCCUUGCCGGCUUCGGGGCAAGUGCCAUAUUUGCCCUCUCGGGUGGAGUUUUGGGGGACAUUUGGACGCCAGAGGACCGUGGCCGGUUGCUUGGAGUUUAUUGGCUUCUUCAGUUGCUCGCACCGGCGGUCGGUCCUAUCAUCGGCGGGUUUAUUGGCCAGUACACGACCUGGCGCUGGGCGUUCUGGUCGACUUCCAUCUUUCAAGGCUUCAUGUCACUUGUGUCGUGCGUUGCCUACCAUGAGACAUAUGUUCCCUUGAUAAUCGGCAAGCGGGCCUUCAAGCUCCGCCGGGAGACUGGAGAUGCGAGGUACCACACCGUAUAUGAGCGUCUCGACAAUGAACACUCCGCGGCUAAGUUGAUAUACCAAGCGAUGACACGACCAAUGAGACUCCUGGCCUUCCACCCCAUCAUCCAGAUUGCAUCGCUCAUCUCCGCCUUCUGGUACGGCACGCUAUACAUAGCCCUGUCCAGCUUCUCCACGCUCUGGACUUCCUACUGCGGCGAACCGGUCUCAACCUCAGGCCUACAUUAUAUUGCCUGCGCCCUAGGCGAGCUCGUUGGUGCACAAGCAGCAGGCCCCCUGAUGGACGCACUAUAUCGCUACAUGGUCGACCGCUCCCCUGACAAGAAACAGAGUCCCGAGUUCCGCAUCCCAUUGAGUUACCCCGGCGGACUGUUGGCACCCCUGGGUCUCUUCAUCUACGGCGCGGUACCGGGUACACUGGGUCGCAGUUGA